ACUAGCAGAGGGCCGCGUCCGCUGUCCGGUCCACUCGGUCCCGACAUGUACGCUGGGAGGAAGAGGCGGAAGCCCGUGCAGAGGACUGUGAAACAGGCCCCGGCAGACGGAGCCAAGUCCAACCCGUCCAAACGACACCGGGACCGUCUGAACUCGGAGCUGGACCGGCUGGCGAGCCUCCUGCCUUUCGCCGGGGACGUCACCUCCAGUCUGGACAAACUGUCCAUCCUGCGGCUGAGCGUCAGCUACCUCCGCACCAAGAGCUUCUUCUCAGUGGCCCUAAAGAGCCAGCCGUCCAAUGAUGCGACAGGAAACAGAUGUUGCCAUGACAACAGGAAGACAACAGAAGUGAUCGACAGCCAUGUACCUGAGGGAGAACUUCUGCUGCAGGCCCUGAACGGUUUCGUCCUGGUGGUGACGGCUGAAGGCAUCGUGUUCUUCUCAUCUCACACCAUCCAGGAUUAUCUGGGAUUUCAUCAGACAGACGUGAUGCACCAGAGCGUGUUUGAUUUGAUCCAUACGGAGGACCAGCAUGAGUUCAUGAGGAACCUCCACUGGGCCCUCAACCCCCCCGCCGGCACCGGCGCUGAUCCGACCACAGCGACACCAGCAGGUCCGUCUCCCACCCACAGUGUACAUCCUCCACCGGUGUCGACCUCGCUGGUGACCUAUGACCCCGAUCAGCUCCCCCCGGAGAACUCCUCCUUCCUGGAGAGGAGCUUUGUCUGCCGGUUCCGCUGCCUGUUGGACAACUCCUCCGGCUUCCUGGCAAUGAACCUCCAGGGCAGACUGAAGUUUCUCCAUGGUCAAACUAGCCACCACAGACAGGCUGCCCGAGACGGGAGCGCCACCCGGCCCCAGCUGGCCCUGUUCGCCAUUGCCACGCCGCUCCAGCCGCCUGCCAUCCUGGAGAUCCGGACCAGGAACAUGAUCUUCAGAACCAAGCACAAGCUGGACUUCACCCCCAUGGCCUGCGACGCAAAGGGUAAACUGGUGCUGGGUUAUACCGAGGCGGAGCUGAGAGUCAGGGGCUCGGGCUACCAGUUCAUCCACGCCGCCGACAUGUUGUACUGCGCCGAGAAUCACAUCCGCAUGAUAAAGACGGGAGAGAGCGGACUCACCGUUUUCAGGCUGCUCACCAAGGACAACCAGUGGAAGUGGGUCCAGGCCAACGCCAGGCUCGUCUACAAGAACGGCAAGCCGGACUACAUCAUCGCCACCCAGAGGCCCCUCUUGGAGGAGGAAGGAGGGGAGCACCUGAGGAAGCGCUCCAUGCACCUCCCCUUCACCUUCGCUACUGGGGAGGCACUCCUGUACCACACCAGCUACCCCCUGCACGGCUUCCCUGAUUCCUCGCAGGGCAAGUCCAAGGGCGGCAACACCAAGAAGUCCAGACUGGACAGGAGCUCCAAGGAUGAGCUGGACCCCAACUCCCUCCUGGGGGCACUGAUGAGUCAGGAUGAGUCUGUGUAUGUGUGCCAGGCGGACACUGAGCCCAAGGCGUCAUACCACGGCAGCCUCUUCAGUGAGCAGCAGCAGCGGGAGAGUGAUGGUUUUGGGGGUUCGCUGGGAGGCAGCAGCUGGAACACAGUGGCUAAUGGGCUGACGGUGGAACAACACAGUGAACCUUCCAGUUAUGACCCCCUGCUGUCCACGCUGGACUCUCUGUCUCUGGAGGAGGAUGUGACGUGCUCUAACAGUGAACUCUUCAGCGCUCUGGAGAACCUAGGUCUGAAUGCAGAGGACCUAGAGCUCCUGCUGCUGGAUGAGAGGAUGAUCAAAGUCGAACUGGACCAGAGCCACAUCCCCACGCUUAGCGACCUUCUCACCAACAAUGAAAUCCUUUCUUAUAUCCAAGACUCGCUAGAGAAUGAAAUGGAAGGAGAGGAGCCAUGGGAUAGACCGGAAUCUGGACUUGUGCCCCAACCACACACCCCACCCAGGCACCCCCCUAUCACCCAUCUCUCACAGCAGAUGCAGCAGCACAUUGAUGGAGCCCAGUUAGUGGAGGCUUCACCUUGGGCUCCUCAAUCUGAAGGGAGAAUUACAUCUCCUCCCCAGCCAUGUGUAGCGGACACCAACUCGUUGACCGAAGUUCACAAUGGUCAAAGUGUGGAAAACAUCAGCCUCCACCCAAUUCACCCACAGACUGUACUCAGUGUCUCUCAGUUGAAUGGGGAGCAUAAACACCUCAACCAUCUUCUGCAAUCUAACCAGCCGUGGCAGGUUGCACAGGACCACCUUCUGGUCCAUCUUCAGGGUUAUUCUCAAAUCAAACAGACAGACAGCGAAUUGAACGGAGCCCACACCCCAACUCCCUGGCCGGGCCGCCACGACCAGCUGGAUCCAACAACAAAUGGAGCCUACCUCACACACGGACAUACCAACUUCACACAAUCUGAUGGCCACACAGAUUACAAUAUGGCUGACAUAGUAAACACAGAUGCCACAGCGAUGAACAGUGUGCCAAUACCAGAGAUUUGUCACUCCCAAGGAGCGGUGUCAGCCACCCAGUCCUAUCAACUACCAGGCCACCAACAGGAACACCAGCAGCAAACUCAGUUUCCAGCGUCCUGUUUGCCUCAGUGCCCCAUGCAGAACCCCGCUGUAAACCUGGACCAGUUACUGUCCCUGUCCCAGCCACAGAACUGCCUGCCAUCUCUUGAGGCCUACAGCGUGUUUAAUACUACCAUUACCCACGAGACUGCUCGCACCAAGCUGGAAAAUGGCUGCAUAUUAAGUACCACCAAUGCAGCCUACCUGAAGAGCUGCCUGAUGCCCAAUGGAAAUGGGAUGGCAACAGAUGACUUCCCUAUCUCGUGCCCCGAAGGCCUGCCUGCUCUUCAGGACCCACAGGAAACAGGAUUUUAUCUAUGA